AUGGACGGAGAAGAGUGCGGGAUAUGUGGCUCAACGGAAUUUUACGACGAGGACGGUAGAAUCUUCUGUGCAAAUGGACACGAUCAGGGUCUGGGCCUUGCGACUGCUGAGGACGACGCCGAUUUCGGGAGGCAGGGCACAGUGGUGAGGAAGAAGGAAAUCAGAAAGAAGCAAAAGAUAUCCAAAGGCAUGUCAAAUUCGACUGAGCCAGUGCUUCGCGGAGCCAAGGCUUACCAGCUCUUCCUUCAAUCAUGGCAGUUCAUCCUUUGGAAACAAUGCUAUGUGCUGGUCCAUCAAAAAGGAUUGCCGGCAGAGUUGUGGGCAAUUGUCCGGGAUCUGUGGGCGUUAUGGCUUUCGAAGCUAGAACAUCGUCUCGGCGACAGCCACGCAGAGGCAAUGCAAAAUGCGGACACGACAGCUAGCUCUGGCAACGAUACGGAUACCGAUCUUGAUGCCGAUGUGAGGCGUGAGCCCGAGGGGAACAAAGCAGCACACAGCUACCCUACGCUGAUUGAUACGAUAGCUUUGAACUAUCUGGGCAUUGUCAUGUUAAGGAGACCAAUUGGUCUAGCUAAGGUCUUGAAAUGGAUCCUCGAAGAAGAGGUUCCUUUCAUCCGCGCCAUCAGGUACAUUCCCCAGGACAUGAAGGACAGAUUGCCGGGAGAGUAUCACCAAGCCUUGGAUACGCUACGGCUGUUGGGACCUGAUGAGCUCCAGAAAGCCGUGUAUCACCGCGCAAGAUGGUACAGCGCCUCGUUCGGCAUGGUAAUGCCGCAGAUCAAUCUGAAUCUCUUCCUUCUCGACUAUGUCCGCCAACUUGCCCUGCCGCUCGAGAUCUACAGCGUUGCUCGGGGGCUAAAUACCAUCAUCAAGUAUGAGUUCCGCUAUGCUGAUGUUACAGAAUCGUCGCAGCCAACGAGGCGUCAGCCAACAACAUACCCAGAGAGCCAGCUCAUCUCUCUCGUCGUUGUUGCCACAAAGCUCCUCUUCCCGUUCGACUCGGAGAAUGUAAAGCGCUAUCCACAAGAUCCCAAUGAUCCAACAACGCUAAACAUGAAUUGGCCAUCCUGGCUGGAAGCCAAAGCGAACUUUGACAAGCGGACUCAAGCUGGCGAAGACGCCAACGGCUUCAAGCCAGGAUCGGAGAUCCAUGUCAAAGACAGUGAUAUCCUCGAUAUGACUGAUCAACAACUGGACAAGUAUAUGGACUGGUACCAGAAGACGUGGAUCACAAGCAAACAUACUUCAACAACAGACCAAGCGCAAGAACAAGGCAUCGAGAAAGAUAUUCUCGACAUGUUUCCCCUCCAUGACGUUCCCGAGCACCAGAAGACACUGGCAGAGAAUGGGGAAGCCGAUCAAGAGGAAGAGUCAUGGAUGAAUGCGCGGAUUAUGCAGGUCCAGUCCUCUCUGAAGGCACGACGGGCCAUAACUCUUGAAGAAGAAAGUGAGCGCAGUUUGGAUGUCCUUCGCCCCGGGUCUCGAUACCCUCGAUACCCCAAAGUCGACGACCUGGAUAAGGCGCCAGAUGGUGCUGUUGUGAAGAUGUUCCACCAAGAAGCGGCCGAGACUGCUUGUCUGAGUGUCAAGGCCCUUUUGCUGGCUGUGAAUCGUACGGAGGAGAAAAUAGAACAGUGGCUUGCAGAUAGGAGAAGGGAAGAUGCGUUUGGCGAGGAUCUGGAGCAGAGUGAAGAUCAUGAGGACAAGGACGGUCCAGACACCGGUGAAGACAUGGAUUUCAUCCCUGAGACGAGUCCUCCGGGGAAGCUGGCGAGAGAUAUGGAGGGCCUGGAGAUUGGGCAGUCACCGAAUGUCGAGGAUGAUGUCGAAGGGGUUGUUGACACGGAAAUGCUGCUGCACUCACCACACGGAGUCUGA